UCAUAUUGUGUCUAUGUCGAUAUCGCAGAUACAUACCUACUUCGUACGCCGCGGUUCUAAUAAAAUCUUUAUCGCUUCAGAAGAUUGACAAUUUAACCCCGCUGAACUUAGAUAUCGACAAACCGGGGAUCUAACAAUAGCUGUAAGCAAAAAUGCUUGCCCUUAACCGUCGCCACUCAGCGCGAGGGUGAGAGCGUCAGACGCGAGGGGUCGCCCGCGGAGCACUGUGAGCGCACAGCCAUGGAGCUCAUCAGCUUCAUCCUGUCCUACUUCAUCACCAAGGACUUGUCCAUGAUGACCGCAUUCAUCUGCUGGACACCGGAGCGCACAUCGGAGCUGUGUCGCAGCGCGAGUGGCGCGGGGGUGCGGCUGCAGCUGGCGACUGACUUCCAUCAGCCGCCGCCGAUGACGCCGCGCGGACGCUUCAGGGAAGCCAUGCUGCUCGACCUCACGUGUCCUCAUGCUGCACUCAUCAUGGAAGCGGCCUCUUCCUCCCGCGGCUUCAACUACCGGCACUCGUGGCUGCUGCUGCACAACUCGUCGGAGCGCGCGCUCAUCGCAGACGCACUGUCGCCCUACGAGAUCCUGCCUGACGCUGACGUGGUGUGGUCUGCGCCGGACGCUCUGCUCGACGUCUACAAGAUAAAGCCGGCCACGCCCUACCUCCUGACAGACCUGGGGUUGACGCGCAACUGCUCUCGGCACCAGCUGCGCGCGCUGUGGGCAGCGCUGCCCAGCGCCGUGACGCGGAGGAGGGACCUCAAGAACGUCACGAUGAAGGGCAUUUCCGUUGUGACGGAGCCGUACAACUUCAAGGGCUGGUCGGACCUGCGCAACCGGCAGAUCGACACCUUCCCCAAGUUCACGUACCCGCUGAUGAUGCUCGCCGCGCAGGACAUGCACUUCAGGUUCGACUUGCGGCAGAUGGACCUGUACGGCGUGUCGCACAACGGCUCGUUCGACGGGCUGGUGGGGCGGCUGCAGCGCAACGACGCCGAGGUGGGGCUGGCCUCCAUCUUCAUCCGCCCCGACCGCAUGCAGGUCGCCGACUACAUCUCCGAGACCUGCGUGCUCUUAUGCGCGUUCAUCUUCCGUCAGCCGGCGCGGUCGGCGGUGUCGAACGUGUUCCUGGCGCCGUUCAGCGCGGGCGUGUGGGCCGCCAGCGCCGGCGUGGCCGCGGCCGCCGCGCUGCUGCUGGUGGCACUGCGCGCGGUGCUGCAGCGCACGAGGCAGCGAGACGACCUCGCGCUCUUCACGCUGCCCGAGACCCUCACCUUCGCGCUCGGCACGCUCUGCCAGCAAGGGUUCCACACGACGCCGGGAGUGACGUCAGUGCGGCUGGUGAUGUUCAGCACGCUGCUGGCGUCGCUGUUCGUGUUCACGGCCUACUCCGCCAAGAUCGUGGCCAUCCUGCAGACGCCCAGCGACGCGCUGCGCACCAUCGACGACCUGACGCGCUCGCCCAUCACCAUCGGCGUCCAGGACACCACUUACAAGAAGGUCUACUUCCUUGAGAGUCCGGACGAGUCGACGCAGCAGCUGUACCGGCGCAAGAUCCUGCCGCAAGGCGAGCGCGCCUACCACAGCGUGGUGGACGGCAUCGCGCGCGUGCGAACCGGACUCUUCGCCUUCCAGGUGGAGAGCAGUUCCGGGUACGACAUCAUCAGACAGACGUUCACGGAGCGCGAGAAGUGCAGCCUGAAGGAGAUCGAGGCGUUCAAGCUGCCGCUCGUCGCCGUGCCCAUGCGCAAGAACUCCGGCUACAGGGAGCUCUUCGCUACCAGACACCUUAUAGGUCAGAGCCAGGGCCCAGGGUGGGGCAAGUGCCCCAGCUUGCCCCAGUGUGGCUACGCCCAUGGCUACUAUUUGUGCAGACUGCGUUGGCAGCGCGAGGUGGGUCUGAUGUCGCGCGAGCGGCGCGUGUGGCUGGUCUCGCGCCCGCGCUGCGACGCGGCCGGCGGCGGCUUCGUCAGCAUCGGCAUCGGCGACGUGCUGCCUGCACUACAGGUGUUGGGUCUGGGCGCGCUCAUCUCCCUGACCCUGCUGGCCGCCGAGCUCGCCGCGCACGCCAUACGGAACUCGCGCCGCUGGAACCACAUCUAGAAGCACUACUACGUGCCUCAGUUUUUGUUAAACUUACACCUUCACGCCACAUUUUAAUCUUUUCUCGAAUUAACAUAUGAUAGCCUGCGAAAUAAUUAGACUGUAUAUCUAGACUUCGUAGUAAAUGAGCAGAAUUACAAACAGUGGUUAUGGAAUUAAAACAAUUUGUUCAAGAAAAUGCAGCAGUUAGGUCUUAAACUUUAUUAAUAAUAAUUUGCACUGAUAUUUACAGGAAGGAUGUACUUAUUAAACCACCUAAAGCCUAUAUAAUGGGGCACAGCACCGCACUGCGCAAUCGACUCACUUUUCUAGUUUGUCCUAGAGUGUUAGAGUUAGCACUGACGUGGUCCGCCGGCUGCUCUGAGUCGUCGAGGGCCGCUAGAAGAGCUGCACGGCCAGCAGCACGAACAGCGUCAGCAGCAGCGCGGCCGACAGCGCGCGGUCCAGCAGCCGCGCCAGCGCCGCCCACGCGCCGCUCUCCGACGACCCGCACGACUCCUCACAUACCAGAACACGAGAUUAUUAUAGUAGAACACAAUAAAUAUUUGCAACCGCAA